AUUGUUAAAUAUCAUAUAUAUAAUAUACCUGUAUAUGAUAUAAAUUAUUCCUGUUUACUGACAACGUGAUCCACUGAAAAUUAUAUAAGUCAAAAAAUUGCAAGCUCAGGAAAACAAGCAGGGCGAUUGGAAAAAAAUUGAUUUGAAUGUCUCUUUUAGUGGAAAUGCCCUGCUUACAUCGAAGAUUGCUUGAAAUUGCCAUAAAAAUGUCCGGAAAUCCUAUAGAUCAGAACAACGGCGGUGAAGAAGGCAGAUACCCUUCUUUCGGCGUUCCACUCCAUAAAAGUCCGGCCGUAAUAGCCGCAUUAUGCGACAUCGGGAAAGAAAAACAAGCAAAAAUGCAUUCUACCUCAAGUUCAAAGCAGGAGAAAACAGACUUAAACCACUGUAAAACAUACAAUUGCUCUGUGGGGCAGGAAGUAUUCACGAAUACUGAAAUAUUACCUUCUUGUAGUAAAAACUUGAGCAAAAAAUCUCAUGACCAUCAGUCAUCACGAUUUCAUCCAUAUAGGAAAGCGGGCAAUAUUGUUCCAGUGUACCACAAUUUUAAAGAAGAAAAACCCAGUCGAAUACCAAGCAAUCCAUCUUGGACUGGUUCAAACGGAGUGGGCAUAUAUUCUGACAAUAUUAAAAAAUCGUUUUCAGCGCCGGGCCAAUUACAUACGAAAGAAAAAAAUAUCGAUAGCUCCUCCAUUUAUGACAAAAUGUAUGCUUUUUCUGUUCGCAAUAUUGCACAAAGCUGCUCAAAACAUCAAGCACCGGCUAAUCAACACCUGCCAACUUCAACUACGAUGUCUAAUACUGUAUCAGGGAUCCCUACCACCACAAUGACGACCAAUUCUAUGUUGCCAUCAACUACUUCAUCCGCUCAAGUUCAGCAAAAUGAUAAUUUUAGACGACUUAUGUUAUCGUUAGGAAACGUGAAAGCAUCUCUGACAGAUUUUGAAUUACUGCGACAGCGACACAUCGCAUAUAGCCUUGCUACACGAGGACUUUGUGUAGUGGAAGGAUUCGUAGGUGCUGAGAUAUCAUCUAAAAUUAGAGAGGAAGCAAUUAAUCUUCACAGAGAAAAGAACUGUGUUAAAGGAGCUCUCAUUGGUGCUAAACACGGCAACAGCGCCGUUCGUGGCGACGUCAUAACUUGGAUAGACGGAACAGAGCCCUAUUGUGAGAAUAUCGGUAUACUCUGUCGAACGAUGGAUAGAAUUGUGGCGAUGGGUACCGGUAUCGCUCCAGAGUACAACAUAUGCGGUGGUACAAAGUUGAUGGUUGCCAAAUAUCCUGGUAAAGGGACAGGCUACCGACGUCAUGUAGAUAACCCAGCAAAAGAUGGACGAUGCAUCACUUGUACGUACUUUUGCAAUAAGGAUUGGAACAUAAAGGAAAAUGGAGGCGCACUCCAGGUAUAUUCAGCUCGUGGAAGCUCCACACAAAUCACUCCUGAACUUGAUACGGUAGCAAUAUUUUAUUCUGACAGCAGAACACCUCAUGAAGUUUUACCAUGUUUCAAAGACAGGUAUGCAAUCACACUGUGGUAUUUUGACCGCGAAGAAAGAGCAAACGCAUUGAAGCUUAUUGAUCGGAAGAGAAAUGUAGAAUUGAUGAGAAAAUCGUCACCUUCAACUGGACUUAACGCUAGCAUUAAAUAACUGACCAAAGGGGGUGGUCAAACCUUUUAAUAUUGUAGAAAAUAAAAUAAAAAUUGGUUUUUAUUUUUAUCGGGUUGUUUAGAAAGAGUACUUAUUUUUAAGUGUACAAAAAUGAUUGAUGUUUUGUCAUCUUUCAUUGCAAUUACGGUUGUGGUGCAACAAACAUACUACGCAGUAAUGGCAUGAUAGUUUAUUUUAAAAACUGUGUAUACUGAUUGCCAAUGCCGUAAACCGCAAACACCAACUUGAAAUUGUACGUGUAUUAAAUUUCAAUCUUAUCCUCAGCCUAACAGAAUAGGCUGUACUAAUUUUGACCAGAAUAUGCCAAUCUCAGUUCCAGUCUCAUCUUUAAUUACAAUGAGGGCCCUCAGACCAAACCCAUAUAAAAUAAUUCAAAUGUCUAAAAACAACUUACUUUUUUUGUAGGCUAGUUUUUCACUUUUAUUCAUUCCACGAAAGGCUUUUCGUUCCAACGUUCGGACGAGAAAUCAGCAGGUUGACAGCCUGAAACGCGGGCGCUUAUUCGUUUGUUUACAAUUUGCGACGACGGAUUAUUUUAAAGUUUCUGUAACCACCUAGCGGCCUAUGUACGUUUUCUGGUAAAAAAGCCAAUAUCGAUUUCAAUUUUCGUAGAGUAAAUGAUAGAAAAAUAUCCUGUACUAAAGUGCAGACAUUUGGUGUUGACAAAAUUUUAAUAUGUUAGCAAUAUGUCACAUAAGAGUCUUUUUCUGUGUUUUUAAUAUUUUUUUGAAAAUGUCAGUGUGAUUAUAUUUAUUUGAUGCAAAAUAUGCACUGUUCAAAUAAACAGAAAAUCGAAAUA